UCAAUAACAAUAAUGCCUUUGAAGACUCCCUCGGAUCUAAAAGCUCCACAAUCUACUCGUAUAGUAGUAAUAGGGGCAGGACCGUCAGGUUUAGCAGCCGCUACGCGUUUAGUAGAAGCCGGAUUUGAGAACGUUUUAAUAUUGGAAGCUGAAAAUCGGAUAGGUGGCCGAGUGUAUACCGUUCCCUUCGGCGAUAACGUGGUAGAUUUGGGUGCUCAGUGGUGUCACGGCGAGAAAGGCAAUGCCAUCUAUGAGACUUUGAGAAAUGAAAACCGUUUAGAUCUGCUGGCACAUACGGACGAGAAGAGCACUUCAUUUAAGUGCGUACGUUCCAACAAAGAAGUACUAAGCGAUAAUGAAGUUCUAAAGUUAAAUCAUAUUCUUACGAAAUUAGUAAACAAUGAUGAUGAUCUGCAUUCAUACGAGGGAUCUGUUGGUGCCAAAUAUACCGAUAUGUUCUGGAGUGAAUUCGCUAAAUUAACCGAUAAGCCCGAUCGGGCUAUCGCAAGAGAAUUAUUUGAGAAUUGGAAGAAAAAUCAAUUAUCAGGAGAUGCUGCUGACACCUUAUUCGAUGUAGCGGCUUCAGAUAAAAUCGAAUUUUGGGACUGCGAAGGCGAUAAUAUGCUGCACUGGAAGGAUAAAGGCUUUCAUUCGUUCUUUAAUGUAUUAUUGAAAACUGAAAACUAUAAAACGGAUAUGGGUUUACUGGGCAAAAAAGUUCAAUUAAAUCAACGGGUCAAAUAUAUCGAAUGGCAACGUGAAUGCGACAAUGAAAUUAAAAUCACUCUUGAUAGUGGCAAAAUAAUACUCGCUGAUCAUAUUAUAUGCACCGUAUCGUUAGGAGUUUUACAGGAAAAUCAUGAGAUCAUGUUUAAUCCGCCUUUACCGCUCUGGAAGAUGCGGGCUAUAAAUGGCCUUAAGCUAGGUAUAGCUAAUAAGUUUUUAUUUGAAUUUGAAAAGCCCUUUGAGCCCUUAGAUUGGAAUGGAUUUUUUUGCCUCUGGCGUGAUGAAGAUAUUCAAGCUUUACGUGAAAGUGAAAAGUUUUGGUUGGAAAGUGUUUUCGGUUUUAUUCGAGUAAAAUCCCAACCUCGUCUGCUACAAGGUUGGAUAAUCGGAUCACAUGCCCGCUACAUGGAAACUUUAAGUAAAAAGGAAAUUCUAAAAUCUUUGAUGUGGAUGCUUAAAAAGUUUCUUGCUGUAACUGUCCCAGAGCCGAUCAAAUUUAUACGUACUCAGUGGCAUAGUAAUAGGAAUUUCCGUGGUACCUAUAGUUUUCGAAGUCUGGGCACAGACGAGUUACGUACCGGUGCUUGGGACUUGGCGGCACCUUUGAUAGACGAGGAAGGUAAACCCAUUGUGCAGUUUGCCGGCGAAGCUACCAAUAGUCAUCAUUACGCUACCGCUCACGGAGCUAUUGAGAGUGGUUGGCGUGAAGCUGACCGUUUAAUUAAUUACUAUCGAUGAAGAAAUGCAUCCAAAUUUCGAUUGACCUGUAGAAGGG